CACCCACGUGGAAGCGACAGAAGCCGCACAGCCACAUGGAGGUUGUCGUUGGCAACGAGUGGAGACUGCGCUGUCAGGCGAAGGGCUACCCGCGUCCGGAGACCGACUGGUACCACAACGGCGGCGUGCUCUUGGAGACGGGCAACGUCGUCUUCGGCAAGGGAAACUUGGUGGUAAAGAACGUGACGCAAGGCGACGGCGGGAAGUACGCGUGCCGAGUGAUGAACGAUCACGGGGUGCUGUGGGCCAACGUCACUGUGGCCGUAGUCGACCCGAGCAUCUACGACGAGGGCAUGAACACGUACCCGAACUACUACGAGUCCGACGGAAGCUACAUCACUAGCAACGAAACCU